AUGGAGUCUCCGGGCAGUCGCGGAAGGGCCUUGGGCCCAUCCGCGCUUCGGGCAUUUUGGCAUCGAGGAUGGCCACGGGCGUCGGCAGUGGCCAUGGCUACCCUCAUGGCUGGGACCUGCUUCCAGGCCCGGGCAUGGUGGAGGCGACCUAGCAUUAUGACUACCAGAGAGGUGACUAUCAAGGCUAUGAGCUCACGCCACGCUGUUGCAGUUGGGCAGCCCAAAGGCAUCUCCAUGGCAGGGCAGACGUUUAGCACCAUGACGAGGACUGGUCUUGGCCUUCGUGCGUUUGGACCUAUGUAUGCGGUUGAAGCUCCGUCGACGCCAGAUGCGGCUGUUAUCUGGCUCCACGGUCUGGGUGACACCGGAGAGGGAUGGUCAGACGUUGGACCACAGUUGCAACAGCAGCUGCGCUCGGUGCGUUUCCUGUUUCCCACAGCUCCCACGCAGCCGGUGACGGUGAACAUGGGCAUGUCGAUGCCCAGCUGGUUUGACAUCAACAGCCUCGAUCCACAGCUUUUCCGGCGAAACCCACCGGGCCUCGCGGAAAGUGCGGACUACGUCCGGCAGCUCAUCAAGGAGCAAAUCGAAGACGGAAUAGAGCCAGGGCGCAUCAUCUUAGCUGGCUUCUCUCAGGGAGGUGCUGUGGUUCUGGAGGCAGCUUUGGGUACCACGGACUUCGCCGUGGGUGGCAUACUUGUGCUGAGUUCCUUCCUCGGGACGGAGCUGCCGGUGCAGCUGCCCAGCCCAGUGCCCGCCAUCCACUUCUUCCAUGGCCAGGCGGAUCAAGUGGUUCCCAUCUCCUGGGGCGAGCGCAGCCUCGCGGAGCUCAAGGCCAAUGAUAUCCAUGCAAGCUUCAAGGCUUAUCCCGGCAUGCAGCAUUCAGCCUGCGCAGAGGAGCUUCAAGACAUUGCCGCGGCCCUCACGGCUGUGUUGGCCGGACGGUAG